UCAACAUUGGUUGAGGACAAACUGUUCUGCUGGGAAAUUCGAGAUGUAGCAGCAUGCCCUUCAUGAAGUGUAAUAUAAGUGAUUUAAUUGCAUCUUGCAGUUUUAAAUUUUCAUUCAUUCAUUUUACGUGAGAUUGGGAAUUAAGGAUAUAGUAAUGAAAAUUCCAGGAUCUGGUUUUAAAAGACUGUGUAGAAAUUAGAAACGUGAUCGCUCUGUGAACAGACAGCAUUAUCUGGCAUAAAUCGCGUUUGUUUUGUAGUUUUACUGUUGUCCUUUUUAUAUUACAAACUUCAUUUCCCAUAACACAUUUCACAGUGCAGCUUCAUCUGGUGGGUAAUGUAGUGUAGGUGUCAAUUACAACUCCUUUUCAGCUAAAUGACAUACAUAUGUCAGUCGUUUUGUGUUUUUCCCCAUACUGAUAAACACUGUUCAAGUGUCAGUCGUAUGUCCAUCGACCGUAUUUAAGAUGGCAUAUGGGGGGCAGGGUUCGAAAUACUUAAAGGAACUACGAGAACCACAAUCCACUUUGGCCAUCGUAGCUCCUACGCUCACAUCCGCUUGACUCGCUAUCUGUGUUGGAAAAAGGACUUUGUGAAACUGCAGCGAUGUCAGUCCAGGUUGUGGCAGCGAAAAUGGCAGAGGUCGAACUCAAAGACGUCCCAACUGGCAAAGACUUACCGGCUGAAUCUCCGAUGACACCGACGUCGGAGGGCAAGAGCCUCGGCAGGAACGACCCGCACGAGGCCGGUUCAUCUGCCGCUGCGUCCCCUACAGCGGAGCCCUCAGUGAAAGCCGGGGAAGGCAGCUUGGGCUUACUCACCCCGAACCCCACGAAGAUGCCACAGGCGUCGGCUAUGAAGCGGUCGGACCCGCAGCAGAACGGCGGAGAGGCUUUUGUCAACCGUGAUGGUACCGUUGCUGAGGCUCCGCGGAUGAAAAAGCAGAUCCAGUUUGCUGACCAGAAACAGGAGUUCAACAAGCGUCCCUCCAAGAUCGGCCGGCGCUCUCUGUCCCGCUCCAUCUCCCAGUCCUCCACAGACAGCUACAGCUCAGCGGCGUCAUACACGGACAGCUCUGACGAUGAGACGUCUCCUCGGGACAAACAGCAGAAGAACUCGAAGGGCAACGGGGACUUCUGCAUCAAAAACAUCAAACAGGCCGACUUCGGACGCAGAGAGAUUGAGAUUGCCGAGCAAGAGAUGCCAGCACUGAUGGCCCUGAGGAAGCGAGCACAGGGGGAGAAACCCCUCGCCGGUGCCAAGGUGGUGGGCUGCACCCACAUCACUGCCCAGACUGCUGUGCUGAUGGAGACUCUGUCAGCUUUGGGGGCUCAGUGCAGAUGGGCAGCCUGCAACAUCUACUCCACCCAGAAUGAAGUGGCAGCUGCCUUGGCAGAGGGAGGUUUCAGUGUGUUUGCAUGGAAGGGGGAGUCCGAGGACGACUUCUGGUGGUGCAUCGAUCGCUGUGUCAACGUCGAAGGCUGGCAACCCAACAUGAUCUUGGAUGAUGGUGGGGACCUGACUCACUGGAUUUAUAAAAAAUACCCCAACAUGUUCAAGAAGAUCAAGGGCAUCGUGGAGGAGAGCGUUACUGGUGUGCACAGGUUGUACCAGCUGUCCAAGGCAGGGAAGUUGUGUGUCCCAGCCAUGAACGUCAACGACUCAGUGACCAAGCAGAAGUUUGACAACCUCUACUGCUGCAGGGAGUCCAUCUUAGAUGGCCUGAAGAGAACCACUGAUGUCAUGUUUGGAGGCAAGCAGGUGGUGGUGUGUGGAUACGGAGAGGUUGGAAAAGGCUGCUGUGCUGCCCUGAAAGCGAUGGGCUCCAUCGUCUAUGUCACAGAGAUCGACCCCAUCUGUGCCUUGCAGGCCUGCAUGGACGGCUUCAGGCUGGUGAAGCUGAAUGAAGUCAUCAGACAAGUGGACAUCGUCAUCACCUGCACAGGAAAUAAGAACGUGGUGGUGAGAGAGUACCUGGACCGCAUGAAGAACGGCUGCAUUGUCUGCAACAUGGGACACUCCAACACUGAGAUCGAUGUGGCAAGCCUGCGGACUCCUGAGCUGACCUGGGAGAGGGUGCGCUCUCAGGUGGACCAUGUCAUCUGGCCCGAUGGCAAGAGGAUAGUGUUGCUGGCUGAGGGUCGUCUGCUGAACCUCAGCUGUUCCACUGUGCCCACUUUUGUGCUCUCCAUCACCGCCACUACUCAGGCUUUGGCUCUGAUAGAGCUGUACAAUGCCCCAGAAGGACGGUACAAGCAGGAUGUUUACCUGCUGCCCAAGAAGAUGGAUGAGUAUGUGGCCAGCCUACAUCUGCCUACAUUUGAUGCACAUCUUACAGAGCUGACUGACGAGCAGGCCAAGUAUCUGGGCUUGAACAAGAACGGGCCCUUUAAGCCAAACUACUAUAGGUAUUAACCCAGUGUCGGGGUUUGGACCGUGGGAAUACCAAUACUCCAUGAAUCGCACAGACUCAUAGAGGGAGAGGAGGAGAAUGAGGAGGAGAGAAUAGUCAACACACCUGCUUUAUAUUUUUUUUGGGGGGGGGGGGGGGCUCU